CGCUUGCCCCUCCCAUCCUCUUUCCGCCAUCUUUCUGUGCCACCAUAAUGGUGCGCAUGAAUGUCCUGGCCAAUGCUCUCAAGAGCAUCAACAAUGCUGCAAAAAGAGGCAAACACCAGGUUCUUAUUAGACAGUGCUCUGAAGUCAUUGUCCAGUUUCUAACUGUGAUGACGAAGCAUGAUUACAUUGGCGAAUUUGAAAUCACUGAUGAUCACAGAGCUGGGAAAAUUGUCGUGAACCUCACUAGCAGGUUAAACAAGUGCGGAGUGAUCAGCCCCAGAUUUGAUGUGCAGCUCAAAGACCUAGAAAAAUGGCAAAAUAACCUGCUUCCAUCUCGUCAGUUUGGUUUCAUUGUACUGACAACUUCAGCUGGCAUCAUGGACCACGAAGAAGCAAGAUGAAAACACAA